AUGUCACCAGCAACUUGCUUUCCAGCCAGGUGCAUUAGUGGCACCACUUUCAAGCCUUUUUCAACCAAUUCUGCAAAUCGGACUUUGCGUACAGCCCUUUUCUUUCCUGGCCAUGGCGUCCAUCGAGUUGGUAUGAUAUCAUCAUGGGUAGAAGCCUUUCCCAAAACUUCAAAACCAUUUAUCGAUGAAAUGGAUAGUACACUUGGUUUCUCUUUGUCUCGUAUAGUAUCGAGAGGCCCUAAUUCGGAGCUAAAUAAGACAGAGAACUCACAACCCUCGAUCAUGGCCACAUCCAUACUCAUCCUACGGAUAUUGGAGCGGGAAUUUGGUUUCAAAACGAAGGAGCGCGUUGAUGUGGCUCUUGGGCACAGCUUGGGCGAAUAUUCUGCCCUUGUCGCUGGAGGCUAUUUGGACUUUUUACCCGCUCUUAGAAUGGUGAGAGGCCGAGCUGAGGUAAUGGCACAAUGUAGCCAGAGGGCUCGGCAAAGGUCGGGGGAAAGCUACGGCAUGAUUGCAUUGAUUUGCGAACCAGAUCAUCUCCAAAGCUUGAUAUCAGCGAUACAGGAAUUUCUAGGCCCUGGGUCGAUGGGCUCCAAAGACGACUCCAGCUAUGAGAUGUCGUCUAUACAACAGGUCCUUAUUGCUAAUAUCAAUUCUAAAAACCAAAUAGUGCUCAGUGGGAGCAUUCAAAGAAUUAAGACACUUCUUGUCCAAUUGCGGCAAUUUGGUGGUCAUGACCCGCGAGCCGUGAGAUUGAAAAGCGACAGUCCCUUUCAUAGCCCUAUUAUGGCCCCAGCUGCGCAAUAUAUGAGAACAAAGUUGGAAACAACUGAUAUAAAAUUUCCCGCGGCAAUGCCAUGCGUAUCUAAUGUUUCUGCUGUGCCUUUCACAUCAAAGGAGAAUCUCAAAGACCUUCUUUCCAGACAGUGCGUGGAAACCGUGAGAUGGUGGGAUAGCAUCAGAUAUUUGGAUCAGGAACGAGGUGUAAAGCGAUGGAUUGGUAUAGGCCCAGGAAAGGUUGGAAGAAACUUAGUCGGCAAAGAAGUCGGCCGUAUCCCUUCUAAAGGUGGUGGUGUCUGGGCGAUAUGUGAUCCAAGAGAAGUUGAGGAUGUCAUUAACGCCCUUGAAAAAUCAGAGCACGAGGAUACCGAUGAUGUAUAA